GAGGGUCUCUGGCUGUUCCAGGGGCCGGCGGCCGGCAAGGAGGUGGGUGUGUAUUCCACCAUGGAGCCGUGCGUCCUGCUGGAUCCUCACCAAAAAGCCCUGUACAGGGACGUCAUGCAAGAAAGCUACGACACCCUGAUGUCGCUGGAAUUCCCCUUCCUGAAAGCGGAGGUGAUCUCCCGACUGGAACAGCGUCGCAGAGGCUCCAAGGAGAGGGAGAUCCCAGCAGCGUCUGACCCAGGUGAUGGGACAGCGAGUGAGACCGAGGAGGAGAAUCCCCCGAAGGAAGGCCCUGAGCCAGCGGAACCACGGGAGAUGCUGCCGGAAGGAUUUUCAGGAGCUGUUUGCCAGGGGCCUGCUGGGGUGAGGCUGGGAGGGGCAGGGAGGAGACAGGGCAAACCCGCCCCUCAGGGGCCCAGCCCCAAGAAACUGCAGGAUAUCACAGCUCACCAGCGAACGCCCCAGGGCCAGAAGCCGUACCGGUGCCAGGACUGUGGCAAGAGCUUCAUCUGGAGCUCGCACCUGGAGCGGCAUCGGCGCGUCCACACAGGCGAGCGCCCCUAUGCCUGCCCUGAGUGCGGUGAGCGCUUCACCCAGAGCUCCCACCUCCGGCAGCACCAGCUGGCCCAUGGCGGCGAGCGCCCCUACAAGUGUGGCGACUGUGGCAAGCGCUUCGGUGACCCGCCAGCCCUGGCGGCCCACCGGCGCGGCCACCUGGAGGACAAACCCUACCGCUGUACCCAGUGCGGCAAAGGCUUCGCCUGGAGCUCCCACCUGGAGCGUCACCGGCGUGUCCAUACCGGUGAGCGGCCCUACCGGUGCAGGGAGUGCGGGGAGGCCUUCGCCCAGAGUGCCCACCUCACCAAGCACCGCCGGACCCACACCGGGGAGCGCCCCUACCGCUGCCCCCACUGCGGGAAGGGCUUCGGGGACAGCUCUGACCUCACGCGACACAAACGGACCCACACAGCUGGGAGCAUCAGGCAGCGCCAACAACCCGCUCGCAAGCAGAGCCCGGCCAAGCCCAGGAAAGCUCAGCAGAAGGGGAAACGCAGCUGCUGCAGCCAGGGCGCUGGGGAGAGCUUGGGGCCACCACAACAGCAGCAGGGUCCCCAGUGCCAGCACUGCAGGCUGGGCUCCAAGCCCCGGAGAGCCCACCAGGAGGGGACGUGCAGCUGCUUCAGGGAGAGCUUGGAGCUGCUUCAGGGUUCAGAGGCCCUGGGACCCCAGCCCGAGCGGAAAUCCCACCCCUGUGGGCACUGCGGGAAGGUCUUCGCCUGGAGCUCCCACCUAGAGCGGCACCGGCGCGUCCACACCGGCGAGCGGCCCUAUGCCUGCCCCGAGUGUGGCGAGCGCUUCGCUCAGAGCGCCCACCUCACCAAGCAUCGCCGGACACACACCGGCGAGCGGCCCUACACCUGCCCCCACUGCGGGAAGGGCUUCAUCGAGAGCUCCGACCUGGCGCGGCACCGGCACACCCACACCGGGGAGAAGCCCCACAAGUGCGGGCAGUGCGGGAAAGGCUUCAGUGUCCGCUCAGCCCUCACCAAGCACCACAGGGAGCACACGGGGAGCACGCCGUGAGUGGUUGCCACCGAGAGCCUGCGCCAGGCUGCCCCGUCCCCUCCUCAGGGAGAGGAGAGGAAAACCUGGCACUUCCAUUUCACAUUGCACGCUUGGGAGAAGGCCCCCGGGAUGGCCCGAGGGCCUCUGGGCUGGAGACACCCCCCCCACACGGGACGGCCCAAGGGCAUCUAGACCAAGACCCCUCCAGGACGGCCCGAUGGCCUCACUACCUCUGAAAACCCAUGCUGGAAAGCACAUUUCCAGCUUUAGUACUGACGUAUCCUAAAAGUGACUCUUCAAACGUGGCUGUUUCGUCACCCUAUAGUGCCCUGCAAUCACAGGGGCUCCGUUUCCCAGCAAUAAGAUCUUUUUUCUCACUGCCAGCCCUGGGAUGGAAGAGAAGCGCUGGGUUCUUUCCUUCUCACGCGUCAUCACCAGGAAUAAAGGGUUCACAGGGCGAAUUCUUGCUUGUGCAGCCGCUGGCACCCUCACCCUCUGUGACCCCCCCAUGACAUCUUUCAUGCCCCGAGGGCCAUACAUAGGUCGACCCCUCCCCCCCGUGGAGACGCAGCUAGGUUGAUAGAUUCUUCCAUCCACCUCGCUACUGCCUCUCAGAGAAGUGGAUUUACUGCAUCACUGGAAAAUCCCCUUUUGUCAGCGUAGGCAGCGUCUACACUACAGUGCUACAGCAUCCCAGCUGCAGUGCCGUAGAUGUGUUACUGCCGUGGCUGUAGAGCAGAUGUGGCCUCAGAAGCAGUUCUGUUGCGGUUGCCCAGGGUGGGAUGGGGCAGUUGCAGGGCAAACGGGAGAUAGAGGCAGCAAGCACUUGAGGCCCGACUCUGCUACAUGCAGGGAGCAGGGCAGCGGGGUGGAGAAAAGGGGCCAGUCCUGUGGGAUACGUUCUCAGAUUGCAAUCACAAGAGGAAAAAUGUGCUACAGGGGGUGAGUGGCCAUAGUGUGUCUCCUCUCUCCACCACCGGCCUACACGGCUGGGACUCCUUUACAGCAGGAUGACCGAGAGGGGAACCAGCCCCUUUAAACUUUCUUUAAAGAACGUUGAGCGUUAAAGAGGAAGGGCCCAGCACUCACUGGUUGACCCUAAAAGAAAGUGGCAAAUAACCAGCCAGGGGGUCUGGCUUCAGGGGUUUCAGAGUCUGGCUGGUCCAAAUUUUAAUUUUUCAUUCCAUUCCGAGAAUGACAUUUUUUUCAUGAAAAAUCUUUCUUUCCCUUUUUUUU